AGCCGGCUAGAGACAACCACCGCCGCCUUGAGGCAACCCGCCGGCCCAGAGCUCUCAGGCUUCCCAACGGCUUCAACCCCCACAGGCCUGUGCUGCCGGAAACGGAAAGCCUUGGGCUGACUGGCGGUUGGGCGCGGAGCCGGAAGCCGGAAACUGCGUGUGGUGACGCCCGCGAUGGCGGAGGCGGCGGCUGUGGCUGCGGAAUCCCAGGCAGGCUGCAGGGCUCGGGCGGCGCGUGCGGUGCUAGAUCAGGUGGUGCUCCCGGGUGAGGAGCUGCUGCUGCCUGAGCAGGAGGACGGAGAACGCCCCGGAGGUGCAGGGGAGCGACCGCUGCGCCUGAAAGUCGGGAUGCGUUCCCGGGGGCGUGUUGUGUGUGGCCCGGGCUUGCGGCGCUGCGGGGACCGGCUGUUGGUCACCAAGUGUGGACGCCUUCGUCAUAAGGAGCCCGGCAGUGGCAGCGGCGGUGGCGUUUACUGGGUGGACUCGCAGCAGAAGCGGUAUGUCCCAGUGAAAGGAGACCACGUGAUUGGCAUAGUGACAGCUAAGUCUGGAGAUAUAUUCAAAGUUGAUGUUGGAGGGAGUGAGCCAGCUUCUUUGUCUUACUUGGCAUUUGAAGGUGCAACUAAAAGAAACAGACCAAACGUGCAGGUUGGAGAUCUCAUCUAUGGCCAAUUUGUGGUUGCUAAUAAAGAUAUGGAACCAGAGAUGGUCUGUAUUGACAGCUGUGGACGAGCCAAUGGAAUGGGUGUGAUUGGACAGGAUGGUCUGCUUUUUAAAGUGACUUUGGGCUUAAUUAGAAAGCUGCUAGCUCCAGACUGUGAAAUCCUACAAGAAGUGGGAAAACUCUACCCACUGGAGAUAGUAUUUGGAAUGAAUGGAAGAAUAUGGGUUAAGGCAAAAACCAUUCAGCAGACUUUGAUUUUGGCAAACAUUUUAGAAGCUUGUGAACACAUGACAGCAGAUCAAAGAAAACAAAUCUUCUCCAGAUUGGCAGAAAGUUGAUCUGUGUGGGCUUUUUUUUACAGGUCAAUUGAGCCAAGAGACUCUGGGUUUCCUGAGGGAAAUGUUUCUCAGGUGAACCUCUCCCCAUUAAAUCUUCAGAAGACAAGAUGUGAAUGUACAUAUUGUCUUAUUAGAGUCCUAUAUAAACUAUUUUUAUAAAAAAGUUACUGGUUGCCACCCAUGUUCUUGUGGGUAAGAAAAAUCAUAAAGUAAUGAUGUUUUUUGUUUUUUACAAUAAAGUUUACUAAAAGUUACUA